GUAAUAGCACAGUAUGGCACACGUACUGCGUGUCUUUUGAGGACAAGGAAUGGAGAGCGUGGUGGGCAUUGUUGCCCGCACUGUCGACGCCGCGCACCAGCUAGCGAAGACUAUACAUGGCGCAAAUUGUAAAUGGUCAUACCAACAGUGGAUUGGGCUAAGGCCGGGAGAGAGCAACGCGGCCUGGACUGGCGCUAGCGGAGUGCCCGCGCCUGCGCAGCUGCUGCUGAGCCACGACCAGAGGCGGGCUUUCAUCCUGGUUGCCACGCAUGCGGAACCCACACAGCUCCUGGCAGCGGCCGAGGCUGCAGCUGCCUCGGCAGUAGCAGCGUCGCCACCGGGAGCAGUAGCAGCACCGGCAGCAGCGUCAGGCGCGGCGGCACAGGCCGCGCCAGGCAGUAGUACGAGCUCCAGCGCCGCGGGCCCCGAUGACGCGUGGGCGCUACUGCCGCCGCUGCAGCGGCUGCAGCAGCAGCACUCGGCAGCCGUCAAUGCGCUGCUGCUACAGCUCUUCUUGGCAUCGGACGUUGUGCUCGUGCUACUGCCGACGGGGCGGGGCCUUGGCGGGGGUGGCGGCGGCGGCGGAGGGCCGCUGGCAGGGGCUACGGAAUGGCUGUCUCGCCUUCGGCUGCUGCAGGGCGCGAAGCGAUCACUCCAGGAGUCGCUCAACCAGCACCAGCAGCCGGCAGCCAAGACCGCGGCGGGCGCCGGCGACGCGGCGCUGGCGGUGCUGGCGGCACUGACUGGCGGUCGCUCGGCAGCGCGGCCGCCGCCCCAGCUGUACUUUGUCUCCCCGGCCGACGCUGCCUCCACGUCACCGCAGCAGCAGCGGGGCCGGGACGCCAGCGCGUUGCUGCGGGCGCUGCUGAAGCGCUGCCGCCCCCUGCCCGCCGCCACCACCAUUACAGGCGGCGGCGGCGGCGGCGGGUCGCCCGACCUGUUGUGCAGCCUCCAUCCAAACACGGUGCUGUUUGAGCUGGGGCCGCUGGCGCUGAGUCCGGCGCAGGUGCACUCGGCAGUGCUGGCGGCGCUGCUUGGCGCCGACGGCGCCGAUGGCUACACGUCGAUGAUUGGUGGCGGCGGCGGCACGGCUGUAGCAGCAGCAGCAGCAGCAGCAGCAGCAGCCGACGGGCUGGCGGAGUUGCGCCAGGCGGUGGAGGAGGCUGUAGCAGAGGCUGUCUCAGCCGGAGGCCGUGGCGGUGGUGGCGGCGACGGAGGCGUCGGCAGCAGCGGUGUGAGGCGGGUGGCAGAGGUUGUGCUCGCGGCUGCACCCGGGCUUCAGGGGCCAGUGGUGGCGGAGGCGGAGGCGGCGCGGUUCGCGGCUGGCUGGCUGACGGCGGCGGGCGCGUUGCUCAGCUCAGCGGAGGCGGCCGCGCGGGCGGCGGCGGCGCAGCCGCUAGACUGGGUGCCACUUCCGCUUGGAAGUGGCGAGGAUGGUGGCGGCGGCAGUGGACGCGGCCGCGGCGCGCGCGGCGGCCCAGCCUCUCGCGGUGGCGGCGGCGCCGCCGCCGCCGCCGCGGCCAGCAACGCGACCGACCCGCUGGCGGUGGCGGCGUUGUGGCUUGCCAGUGGCGGCGGUGGCGGCGGCGCCGCCGGCGGCGGUCUGGCGGCGCGGUUGGCGACGGAGCUGUGUUCGCAGGCGGUGGAGGCCGGACUGCGGCAUUACCAGGCGGCGCUGCCGCCGCGCUGCCCGGCACGUGUGCACGCGUCAUUGACGGCGGCGGCGGUUGCGACGCUGGCUGCGACGGCGCCGCCGGGCGCCGCCGCUGACGCGGCGGCUGCGCGACUGCGUGCGGCGUGCGCGGAGGCUUGGCUGCGCGGCGGGCGGCAGCAGUGCAGUGCGCUGAGUGUGACGGGGCGGCCCUGCACACGAGCCUUACACGACCCGCGCGAGCCCCACGCCGCCGACGGCACUGUGUGGGUGGCCGCCACCACCACCGGCAGCGCCUUCGUGCGGCUGCCCGACCCCUUCGACCUGCAGGCCGCCAACACCAGCCCCUACUUGGACGACGGAGAGGCGGUGGCGGCAGCGCCGCCGCCGCCACCUGCUGCGCCGCCAGCGGCCUCGGCCACAGCCGCCAACGAUGGCGCUGCCGCCGCUGGCGGCAAGAAGCAGGGCAAGGCACCGGCCGCUGGCAAGGGAGCCGCUGCCGUAACGGCCGCAGUACCGCCGCAACCGCCGGCGGUUGUGAUUCAACCGCCGCCGCCGUACAGCCGCCACCUUGUGGUUGCAAUGGCACAGGCGCCGGACGGUUCGGUACGACAGAGCGCGCUGGGCCCGUGGGUGACGCUGACGCGGCUGGGGCCGGCGAGUGCCGCCGCCGACCGGCGCGGGAUCCAGAACCAGCCGGGCCUGGGCGGCGCGGAAUCCGGAUCCCAUCUUGCCUGCCUGCCCCUCAACUUGGAAACAAGCGGCGCUGCCUCGCUUGGGGUGCCGGUUGCUGGGGGCGGUGGUGGCGGCGAGCGGCGCCAGGGCCGCGGCGGCGGCGGCGGCAGCGGUGCCGCCAAGGGCGGAGCGGGCAGCGUGCCGCGGGCGGCGCGGCAGGCAGCGGCGGCCGCCGUGGCGGCGGCAGCUGUCGCGACUCCCGACGGCGGCAGCGACAGCGACGGCGGCGCCGGCGUCAACCCAAUGGACGAGCAGAGCUUCCCGUCGUUGGCGGCGGCGGUGGCGGUGUCGCAGGCCGGCAAGGCGGCGGCAGCGGCUGCCGGUGGCGGCGGGGGUGGCGGCAAGCGCGGCGGCAGAGGCAGCGCCGCCGCCGCUGACGUGUCAGCUGAGGAGGAGGCUGUGCCCGUGUCUACACGUGAGCGGUUGGCGGUUGCCAAGGCCUGGCCCUAUCCAGCCGGCGGCGGCCCGGGUGCCAGUGGCGGCGGUGGCGGCGGCGGCGGCGGCGGAUCCGGCGGCGCGGGAGGGUCAGGGCGGGGCGGUGCUGGCGGCGCGGCGCGAGGCCGGCGCGGCCGCGGACAGGACCCCGCGGCGGCGGCGGCAGCAGCCGUGGCGGCGGGACUGGAUGCGUCCGCGUUCCCAGCUCUGCCCACCAGCCGGGAUGUGCGCAAGGUGUACAUGGCAUACGAGUACGAGACACUGGACGGCCGCCGCUUCUUCGCAACGCCACAGCAGAUGGCAGCGGCCACCGCCGCCGCCGCCGGCAUCACCGCCGCCACGGCCGUUGCCGCUGGCGGCGGCGGCAGGCCCUCUGGCCGCCAGCCCCGCGGCGACGCCACGGCCACCGCCGAAGCGGCCGCUGCAUCGGCGGCCAGCGCGGCGGCUGCCGCGGCCCUAGCCGCCGCCGCCAAGGCGGGCGCCGCCGACCGUGCUGACCGCGGUGAGCGCGGCGAGCGCGGCGAGCGCGGCGAGCGCGGCGAGCGCGGUGGCAACGACCGCGACCGCGGCGGUGACCGUGGCGAGCGUGGCGGCAAUGACCGUGCGGAGCGUGGCGGCAGUGAUCGUGCUGGCAGCAGCGCCACGGCUUGCUACCUGUUGCAGCAUGACGCGCCGCUCUUCCUGGCGGCGCCGCCGGGGCUGGCGGCGGAGCCGUCGCUGGCCGGUGUCGCCGCCGACGGCGCGCCGGCGUGGGACACGCUGCCACCGCGGAGGCCGCCGUCGCUGGCGCAGCUCCGCCGCGUGUUCAUCGCCACUCCGCCGUCUGCGUGCGGCGAGCCGCUGCUGGCCAGUCGACCGGUGGUGCAGUUCCGGCUGCCGUCGGCAGCCGCGGCGGCGGCGACCGGCGCGGCGCCGCCGCCGGCCGGCGCCGCGGGCUCGGGGCCGCUGACGUCAGCGGCCGCGCUAGCGGCGGCGCUGCUGCCGGCGGAUGCCGCCGACGCCGGCGGGCUGCUGGCGGCGGCGUGGAGCGGUCCGCGGCCCCUCCCGGGCUCCCUGGCGGCUGCUCCGGGUGGUGCGGCCGACGGUGCGGCUGCUGGUGGCGGCGGUGGGGUUGGUAAUGGGGCUGCCCAAGCAGUGCCGCCAAGCUGUGGUGUGCCGUUGCCGCUGCGCCUGGAUGACGCGGCGACCAUGGUGGCCGGGCGUGGCCCGGCGGCGGCGGCGGUCCACGUGUCUCUGGCUCGGCCCGUGCCGCUGCCGCCAGACAGCCUGAUGGUCCUCAGCCUGCCUGCCGUGUAUGCGUUGCCGGCAGAGUGGCUGGGCUGGGGGCACGGCAUGGCGCCGCGGCCCGCGCCACAGCUGCAGCCACCGGAGCUGGCGCGAGACGCUGCAGGGGCGGCUGGGGGCGCGGGCGAAGGUGCUGGGGCACAGGAGAGCGGGAAAGACGCGGCGUCGGGUGGAGGCGGCGGAGGAGGCGGCGCAGGUCCCGCGGGGGCAUCAGCCGCGGGGGCAGCGGUGUCGCAGGGUCCGCUGGUGCCCUUAGUGCAGGUGGAUGAGCGCCUGCCCUAUGAGGCCAGGCUGGUGGCGGGCACUGCGCUGUUCCCCAUCCCCGUGGCGCAGGGGCAGGAGCAGUCGGCGCCGUCGGGGGCGCAGCAAUCAGGCUAGCGAGGUCUGGGGCGGUCAAAGGUUCGUGCUUGUGCCCCGGGAUUGGGUUUCGUGUUCGGGAAGCCCGUCAAUCAGCCCUUAAAA